AGGAUAACAACUGAUACAAAAAGAAACUGCAACACAUAUGUUUGGUCGAGGCGGCAAAGGCAUGGGCGGCGGACCAGGAGGAGCCAACAUGUUGAGAGCAGUCGGAAGAGCGGCAGUUUCCAGGGCUUCCUCCGCAUCUUUCCAAGAGCCCCUUUCUUCUUCCACGAGUUCUGCUACCCGGAGGCAUAAUAACAACACCAGCAAUGGCCAUCUUUACCUUCCUUCUUCGUCUUCUUCUGGGAGUUCUUCCUUGGGUUCUUGUAGCAGCAUCAAUGACGGUCUCCCCAUCACUGCAAAUAACUGGCCUUCCUUCUCCGGUUCUCCUUGUUUUGAUGACUUUGAGUGGGUGUCUAUCGAUACCACCUUGGAGCAGGACAAUAGGCAGCCACAUGAUUUUGUUUUGGGACCUGUUCCUUGUGUUGCUGAAGUCGAAAAUGCUCUCUCUGCUCUUCAAAAUGUUGUUGGUGCAAGCUCGUCAAGAGAACUUAUCAGGGAUAAGUUUCCUUAUAAUGUUGAUGAGGAAACAGGUUAUCACUCUCCAAGCUCGGAUAUUGUCUCGGUUCACCGGGUUCGUUCUACUGGAUCUGAGUUCGAGUGGAUAGAGCCUUCGAUGCAACUCUAUGACACUCGAGUUUAUCAAAACAGCGUUUAUGAUGCUUUACAUUUACUGCAAACAGAUUCCUUGAUUCAGAAGAUGGUAAUGUCGAUAUCUUCCGAUGAAGCGAUUUGGAAUGCUGUUUUAAACAAUGAGGUGGUGAAGGAGCUGAGGAAGUCGUAUUGUGCAGCUGAAGACAGUAGUGGUUCACUGAGUUUCGAUGAGAGUUCGGGUGAGAAAUCCGACGAAUCAAGCGAGACAAUGAACAUAAACAUAGUGAAGUGGAUUUUCGACAGCACUAGAGGAAAGAUCCUAGAGGUAUUUGAUAAACUCACUAAGCUCUUCUCUGGGUUGUUUAAGCUGCUGCCUCCGAGUGAAGAGACAGGAACAGCAGACACGUUCGAUGCAAAGCUGAGAAUCUCAAUGGUGUUGUCUGUUCUAGUCCUGUUUAUUGUGGGUGUGGCUCGAGCUCGAACCCAUUGAAUCUACAUUUGACGACAUGACGGAAUGCGUUUCGGUUUAAUAUGUUGCUGGAUAAUAUGGAUAUCAAGACAUCUUUUAAGCAUUGUGUUUAUUGUUAUGAUUGUUAAGACGUUUCUGUUCGAAUCUAAACAAAGUUUAACGAUUAACAUG